AUGGACGAGAAAGAGGCCGCCGCGGUCACCACUGAGCAGUCAUCGCUACUGCUGCGAACACAGCGCACCAUUGUACACUCCAGAUUCACAGCCUUCUGCAAGCGACACAGGCUCUUCUGCGGAAUCAUGAUCACGGCGAUUCUGUUAUUGCCUUUGCUAGGCUUGCUGGCCUUGAUUCCGGGACAUGCGAGAGGAGAGUACACGAGUCCGGUCAUAUAUCCGUCUCCGCAAGGAUAUGGCGCUGGUAACUGGUCCGAUGCGUAUGAGAAAGCGCAUACGAUGGUCACGAAGAUGACGCUUGAGGAGAUGAAUAACAUCACGAUUGGCUACUCGACUGAACAUACUGGAUGCGUUGGUCUUUCUGGUUCUGCUCCGAGUGUUGGAUUUCCGGGAUUCUGUCUUCAUGAUGCGGGAAAUGGUGUGCGAGAUACUGAUGGUGUCAAUGCAUACGCCUCAGGAAUACACAUCGGAGCCUCUUGGAAUGCGUCAUUGGCGUAUCAGAGGGCUGUGUUCAUGGGUGCAGAGUUCAGGAAGAAGGGUGUCAAUGUCGCCUUGGGUCCUGUUGUUGGGCCGAUUGGUCGUACUGCUGCGGGUGGACGUAAUUGGGAAGGCUUUGCGGCGGAUGCGUAUCUGGACGGUGUUCUGGGGGCACAGUCUGUUCGUGGUCUGCAGGAAAACGUGAUUGCCAGUGUCAAGCAUUUUGUGGCCAACGAGCAGGAAACGAAUCGGAAUCCCAUAUCGGACGACGAUGGUGUGAUUGCCUCUUCAAGCUCGAACGUGGAUGACCGAACAAUGCACGAGCUGUACAUGUGGCCGUUCCAGGACACGCUCUAUGCUGGAGCCGGAUGUGUCAUGUGCGGCUACAACAGGAUCAACAACACUUAUGCAUGCGAGAACUCGAAGGCAGUCAAUGGCUUGCUCAAGGGUGAGUUGAACUUCCAAGGGUUUGUCGUCAGCGAUUGGGCAGCACAACACAGUGAUAUCGCGUCGGCGAAUGGUGGCCUUGAUAUGGCAAUGCCUACGACUACAUUCUGGGAUGAGGACUUCUUGGCGAAAGCUGUCAAUGAUGACACUCUAAACAGAACACGGCUGGUUGACAUGGCUACACGCAUCGUUGCGACUUGGUACCAUUUCGGCCAGGAUAGUCCGGACUUUCCAUCUACUGGAGUUGGCAUGCCGCCAGAUCUUCUGAAGCCACAUGACUAUAUUGAUGCUAAAGACCCUGCUUCGAAGUCGUCGUUGCUACAGCAGGCUAUUGAAGGUCAUGUCCUGGUCAAGAACGACAACAAUAUUCUCCCACUGAAGAAGCCGAAGGUCCUGUCAGCCUUUGGCUACGACGCUCCAGUACAAGUGCAUUACAUGCCCGGUGACGCAGAUUGGGCGCAGAACAGGGAAAUGCUUGGUCUUCAGCAAUCACAGGAGCAACAACUAGCCAUGAACGAGCCCGUGAGCGAUGCACCAGAGACUGCCAUGGGCGUGCUCAUUGUCGGUGGCGGAUCUGGCUCCAACACGCCAGCAUACAUCAGCAGUCCUUACGAUGCUCUACAGUCGAGAGCAUACGAUGACGAUACAGCAUUGUUCUACGACUUCUCGUCGCUAGAGCCAAGCGUGGUCGCUGCGUCAGAUGCCUGUCUGGUGUUCAUCAACGCAUACGCUUCCGAAGCAUGGGAUCGACCAGGCCUCGCAGACGAAGAUUCAGACAACCUCGUUAAUAGCGUCGCUCGUCAAUGCAACAACACCAUCGUUGUCAUCCACAAUGCAGGAAUCAGACUGGUCGAUGGCUUUAUCGAUCAUCCGAACGUCACAGCAGUCAUGUUCGCACAUCUCCCGGGCCAAGACGCCGGUCGCUCCGUGGUGCAGCUCCUCUAUGGCGAUGUCUCACCCUCUGGUAGACUACCAUACACAGUCGCAAAGAAUGGAUCCGACUACGGCAAACUCCAGAACCCAUGCCAAGACAGCUCCCGCUCUCCACAAUGCGACUUCACCGAGGGUGUCAACAUCGACUACCGCAGCUUUCUAGCUCGAGACAUUGAGCCACGAUUUGCGUUCGGCUAUGGUCUCACAUACACGACCUUCGAAUACUCCUCCCUCGAUAUCGACCUCAACGCCACAUCGACCACGGGCGCAAUCAGUACAGCAGGAGUCUACACCAUCGGCACCACGAACCAAAAUGCCGCUAGGGACGACGUUGGCGUUGGUGGACUGUCGUCGUUGUUCGAGAGUAUGGGCAGUAUCCGCGCUACUGUGAAGAACAACGGAACUGUCGCUGCUGCCGACGUCGCACAGCUGUAUCUCGAAAUCCCUGUCCCUAACGAAGCGAAGAAUGGCAUGGAGAAUACGAGAGUGUUGAGAGGAUUUGACAAGGUCAUGCUGAGUCCCGGAGACUCUGCGGAGGUGGUGUUCGAUGUCAGGAGGAAGGAUGUGAGUUAUUGGGAUGUUGGGAAUCAGACGUGGGUUACGCCGAGUGGGAUGUUUCAGGUGUAUGUUGGGAAGAGUGUGCUGGAUACGCCGCUUGUGGGAAAUUUUCAGUUGUAUUGA